AUGGCCCGUUGUUGCGGUCUUCUUGCUGUUUUCGUAUGCGUUCUUAUGAUACUCUCGUGGUGCGAGGCUUUAAGUAGCAACGUUGACGAUGGAUAUGGUCAUGAAGAUGGAAGCUUCGAAUCCGAUAGCUUGCUAAAGCUCAAGAACGAUGAUGAUGUUCUUAGCUUGAUAAGCUCCGAUAAACCCACUUCGGAGUCAUCAACCGUUAGUGUUUUGAACUUUGGAGCCAAAGGAGAUGGAAAAACAGAUGAUACUCAGAUUCUAGGCACGUUAUCAGCAUCUACAAAACGAUCGGAUUACAAAGACAAAAACCAUUGGCUUGUCUUGGAGGACGUUAAUAAUCUAAUAGUCGAUGGUGGCUCGACCGGAAUUAUUGAUGGCAAUGGAAAAAUCUGGUGGCAAAACUCAUGCAAAAUCGACCGAUCUAAGGCUCUUACUUUCUACAACUUGAAGAACUUGAAUGUGAACAAUCUGAGAGUGAGAAAUGCACAGCAGAUUCAGGUUUCGAUUGAGAAAUGCGACAAUGUUAACGUCAAGAAUGCUGCGAUCACUGCUCCUGGUGAUAGUCCAAACACCGAUGGUAUUCAUAUCACUAAUACCCAAAACAUUCGAAUCUCCAAUUCAGACAUUGGAACAGGUGAUGAUUGUAUAUCCAUUGAGGAUGGAUCGCAAAAUGUUCAAAUCAAUGAUUUAACUUGCGGCCCUGGUCACGGGAUCAGCAUUGGGAGCUUAGGAGAUGACAAUUCAAAAGCUUAUGUCUCGGGAAUCAAUGUAGAUGGUGCUAAGCUCUCUCAGACUGACAAUGGAGUUAGAAUUAAGACUUACCAGGGAGGGUCAGGAACUGCCAAGAACAUUAAAUUUCAAAACAUUCGUAUGGAAAAUGUUAAGAAUCCGAUCAUCAUCGACCAGGACUACUGUGACAAGGACAAAUGCGAACAACAAGAAUCGGCAGUGCAAGUGAGCAAUGUGGUGUAUCGAAACAUAAGCGGUACGAGCGCAACGGAUGUGGCGAUACUAUUUAAUUGCAGUGAGAAAUAUCCAUGUCAAGGGAUCGUGCUUGAGAACGUGAACAUCAAAGGAGGAACAGCUUCUUGCAAAAAUGCCAAUGUUAAGGAUCAAGGCACCGUUUCUCCUCAAUGCUCUUCCAAUUAA